GAAGUCAACUUAUUCUUGCAAAAAACUUCUUUAUGUCUACUUAAUCAGUUGCUUACUGUUUGGAUUCCAGCGACACGCGGACAAACUUCGUAUCUUCAAGGAUGUGUGCUAUUGGCGAGAGACUUGUACUCCAAUCUGCUCCUAUCCCCAGAUCGCAUCAGUUCGGGACACCUGUGAGGCUGCGUCGUGGGCUAUUUGUACCUAUCGCCCCAAAAGUUAAGCCUGUCACACGCCAGGCACGAUAUUUUGCGGUUCGUGCCGAAGACAAGAUCAGGGAAAAGCUCGAUGGUGCUCUGAGGAGCGGGAAUAAGCUUGCUGACUCUGCUGCUGACCUUCUUCCUGAAAGUGUGCCUCGUGGAGCUGCAAAGAUUGGCGUGGUUGGAGUGGGAGGCCUUGUCGCAUUCUGGUUGCUUCAAAAGGUCCUAUCAACAUUCGUUUUUCUUGGAGUGCUGGGUGGAGGAGCAUAUCUGUGGCUCAAGCUCUCCAGCAAUGACGACAGCGAUGGCGGGGACUCUGGAGAUGCUUUGACGGAUGCAAAGCGAAUCAUGGACAAAUACCGAUGAAGUUGAGGAGAAAUAUUUGCCGCAUCCAUGCUUCAAAAUUGCAUGCAACCACUGGAAUUGUGCAUGCAAUAAAUUGCGCGCAAGUUCAAUUGUGCAAAGGUGCUGAUUGCAGAUAUUCAUAAAGGAGUUCCUUGGAAUGCAAUAUUCUUUUCAGUAUCAAGUUCACAGUAUGCUU